AUGAAUAAUCUUUUUGCUGGCGAUUUGAUCAACUCUUAUUCUUCGUCGGCACUUUCCUGUGUCGUUUUUAUUUACAUGAUGAACUUGUUAUUUCUCCUCUCUCCGUUAGCAAACGCGGUCUUUACCGCCGCAGAACUAGCCACCACCACACACUAUAGUGAUGGCCUGGUUGGCGCCUGUGGCUGUGGAGACAGUUCAGGAGCAUACUCAUGGCAGCUAAAGCCAGCACAGUUCGGCAUCGGGAACGCUACCUACACCGCUGCGGGCUCGCAGGCACUCUUUGACUCUUCCGGAGAAGGGUGGUGCGGCUCCGGCUGCGGCAAAUGCUACCGACUGACAUCGACCGGGGUGUCCGCCUGCCCUACCUGCGGUGAAGGCGGCGAAGCAGGUAGAAGCAUCACGGUGAUGCUCACAAACCUAUGCCCCUACGUGACGAACGAGGAGUGGUGCCCAAAUGCAGGCGGUAUAAAUGCCUAUGGAUACGCCCAUCAUUUCGACAUCAUGUCUCCUGAUGUGAUCUUCGGCGACAAUGUCGUGGUGGAAUUUAGCCAAGUUGACUGUCCGCUGGUAGCAAGGAUGGAUUGGAGGAGGUGCGAGUGUUCUAGUCGUCCAUGA